CUUGUUCAGUGCGAGAAUAUUUUUUAGUGGAGAAGCUUAAGUUAGCUUUGAAUGAAGUUUGUUAUAUUGAGUAGAAAGUAAAGAGAUGGGUUCCAUUGAUGAAGAAACGUCACUCCUUGAAGCUGAACAAUCUCUUUUACAGGAAGAAGUGAAACUGUAUGCUGAAGAUGGGUCAGUAGACAUUUAUGGAAACCCACCAUUAAAGCAGAAAACAGGAAACUGGAAAGCUUGCCCAUUCAUUUUUGCCAAUGAAUGCUGUGAACGGUUGGCUUAUUAUGGCAUUGCCAAGAAUCUAAUCACUUACUUCACAAAUGAAUUGCACGAGACCAAUGUUUCUGCAGCUAGACACGUCAUGACAUGGCAAGGAACAUGUUAUAUCACUCCUCUACUUGGAUCUCUAAUAGCUGAUGCUUAUUGGGGAAGAUAUAGGACAAUUGCUUGUUUCUCUGCCAUUUAUUUCAGCGGAAUGGUUGCACUGACACUCUCAGCUUCAGUUCCGGGUUUGAAGCCAGGGGAAUGUGUAGGUUCCAUCUGUCCACCCGCAACAAUGCCUCAGCAAGCAGUUUUAUUUUCGGGGCUUUACCUCAUCGCCCUCGGGACAGGAGGAAUCAAACCAUGUGUCUCAUCCUUUGGUGCUGAUCAGUUUGACCAGACUGAUCCAAGUGAACGUGUCAGAAAAGCUUCUUUCUUUAACUGGUACUACUUCUCAAUCAACGUUGGUGCGUUUGUCUCAUCUACUCUUCUAGUAUGGGUUCAAGAGAAUUGUGGGUGGGAGCUAGGGUUCAUGAUACCAACCGUGUUCAUGGGACUCGCUACAGCUAGUUUCUUCUUUGGCACUCCUCUUUAUAGGUUUCAGAAACCUAGAGGCAGUCCCAUUACUAGAGCUUGCCAAGUUCUUGUAGCUGCAUACCGUAACAUGAACCUCAAGCUCCCUGAAGAAAACCACACACCUCUGUCCGAAGUAACGGACGGUUACAAGUUUCUUGACAAAGCCGCAAUGAUCUCAGAAGAAGACACCAUUCACGACCCGUGGAAGCUAUGUACUGUGACUCAAGUCGAAGAAGUUAAGAUUAUAUUACGUUUGUUCCCUAUUUGGUCCUCAGGGAUCAUCUUCUCAGUCCUCCACUCACAGAUCUACACUCUUUAUGUCCAACAAGGACGGUCCAUGCAACGAACCAUAGGCUCAUUUGAGAUCCCUCCAGCUACUCUCGGCAUGUUCGACACUGCAACUGUUCUCAUAACCGUUCCAAUCUACGAUAGACUCAUCGUUCCCUUUGUGAGAAGGUUCACAGGCUUAGCUAAAGGCUUCACUGACCUACAACGCAUGGGGAUUGGACUGUUCGUCUCUGUCUUGAGCUUAGCAGUUGCAGCUAUAGUUGAGACGGUUCGGUUACGUUUAUCCCGAGAAAUUGGAGACAUGACAAUCUUCUGGCAAGUCCCUCAGUACUUUCUUAUGGGGACUGCUGGUGUUUUUUUCUUCGUUGGUCGGAUUCAGUUUUUCUAUGAGCAGUCUCCAGAUACAAUGAGAAGUUUGUGUAAUGCUUGGGCACUUCUUACUACUACGCUUGGAAACUACUUGAGUUCGAUGAUUGUUACGGCUGUGGCGUGUUUGAGCGGGAAAGAUGAUGGUUGGAUUCCUUCAGACAACCUUAACAACGGACAUCUUGAUUACUUCUUUUGGCUUUUGGUCUGUCUUGGGUCUGUGAACAUUCCAGUUUUUGUCUUCUUCUCUGUUAGAUACACGCAGAAGAAGGUUUAGUGUGGUUUUAUUUUAUUAUUCUUCUUGGUUCCACACCUGAUGUAAAACUUAUUUCGUCAUUUGUUAAUGCCAUGGAGGAUCUUGUUUGUA